AUGAGCCGCCAGCUCCUCCAGCACACAAGACACACGCAGUACAAAACAACAAGAAGAGAUGCGGAGCCCACGCCAGCGACGGCUAACAACGCGUGCAGCGUCUGCCAGGCCAACGCCGGCCGCUAUGCGUGCCCGCGCUGCGGCGCGACGUACUGCUCGCUAGAAUGCUUUAGAAACCACGGCGACCGCUGCUCCGAGGGCUUCUUCAAAGAAAGGGUGAAGGCCGCAUUGGCCCAGGAGCCGCAAAAGAAAGCGCGCUGGGUCGGCGAUCUCCUCAAGGGGGCGCCUUCUCCAGAAAUCGACGAGGCGCGGCUCUUGCAGUUGCUCGAUGGGUCUGUACAACCUACAAAAGCCGAGGAGCAACUUGUUUUGAGAGCCAUCGCGAACGGGGAACUCGAGUCGGAGCCGUGGGCGCCCUGGUGGUGUGAUUUGGGCCGGCUCGACGACGACCUCGCGGCCUGUGCGUCGAAGUACGACGCUCUUUCAUCCGAAGCGUUGCGCGACGCCGACGCCGCGCGACGAUUGUACGAGGCCGAACGGAGCGCGGAAACAACCGAGGCCGACGCGCCGGGCGGCGAGGUGACCAGAGCUCGGGUCCUGGCGCGCUCAUCAAAGGCGCCGCCCCUCUGGCUCCUCGUCUGGGCGCCGUCCGAUGCAGAGCAUGCAGAGAGCGUCGCGCGCGUCUGCCGCGACAACCUGAACGCGACGGCGGCGCCGGCGCCCUCGGUCGCGAGCGCCCUCUACGCGUACUGCGCCGCCGCGCGCGCCUUCGACGGCUUUCACCUCGACGAGGGCGCCGCGGCGGACGCGUGGCUCGCGGCGUGUCCCGCCGUGGCGCGCGACGAGCGGCCCGAGACCGUGGCGGCGGCACUCGUCGAUGCGGAGCGGCGGGCGAUCGCCGCCGGCCUGGCGUCGAAGGGCGGCCACGCGGCGCUCGCCCGUGACGCGGCGGCGAUCCUGGGCGCGGGGCCGCGCGCCGUCGCCGCGGCGCUCCUCGACGCGUGGGCCUGCAUCGCGCGCCACCGCGCGGCGCCGAAGCGCGUCCGACGGAAGAUCCGCUACCUGGCGUGCUGGUGCGGCGCGCCCGUCGCCGCGAAGGCGCUGGCCGACGCGCGCGAGGCGUGCCUGGCCGUGCGCAUUCCUGAAGAAGACGCGCCGCUGCCGGCGCUCGUGGACCUGUCGCUUUCAUCAUCGAAGCCGUCGAAGCCGGUCGUUGUGAAGAGUGAUUGCGCGUUUCGCGACUACGACGCGCCCGAUUAA